AUGGCGGAGCUCAGGGAGGCCGGCGCCGAGGCGCCACCGGGGCCCAGCGGGCUGAGCGUCCUCCCGGGAGAGGCGGCCGAGGAGCCGGCGCCGCAGGGAUCGGUAUUACUUCUGGGAGGCAACGAAGUGAAGAGUAGGGCUGUGGUGAAGUAUUCGUCUGCCCCUCUCCGCACCGCUUUUGCCCGCCUUGAGGAGAAAACGGACCUAAAGCUUCCACCUGCCAACUGGCUGCGGGAAAGUGCCAAACUUGGCCCAGCAGGAACCACCAUUCUGGGCAACAGUAAGAGGAGCAAACCCUUUUCCAGCUUUGGUAUGGCGUAUGACUUCAUUGACUCUGUUGGAAAUGAUGUGGACGUGGUAUCUGAUUCGGAAAACAUAAAAAAGCUGCUAAAGAUCCCCUAUAGUAAGUCCCAUGUCAGCAUGGCAGUCCAUCGCAUUGGAAGGACUCUUCUUUUGGAUGAACUCGAUAUUCAGGAACUCUUCAUGAGAUCAUCCCAGACAGGAGACUGGACGUGGCUCAAGGAGUUCUACCAGCGGCUCAUUGACCAGAAGUGGCAGCGAAAGAAGAAAAGCAAAGAGCAUUGGUACCAGAAGGCGAUUCUCUCCAAGUUCUUAUAUUACAGCAUUAAUGGCGAUGGUGCCGCUCAGCCUGUCCCCUCUGCGGCAGAGCCAGGAGUCCCUCCCAGCCCGGGUCAGACACAUGACGACACAGAAGGGGCUUCCUGGCCCGCCCCUUUUGAGAUGCCAUCUUCUGUUUCUGAUGAUCCAAGUGCGUCUAAUCAGGGAAGUGAGCCUCUUGAACCCUCAUAUAUAGUGGGGCAUGUGACCUCAGCCCCAAAAGAACAAAACCUGACUACUUUAUUCAAUGACGGUGAGAACAGUCAGGGUCUUAAGAAUGACUUUGUUCGGAAUAUCUUGUGGACCUUUGAAGACAUACACAUGUUGGUGGGCUCAAACAUGCCCAUAUUUGGGGGAGGACGGUAUCCUGCCGUUAGCUUGCGCCUCAGGGAUAACAACAAACCAAUUAAUGUACUGACUGGAAUUGAUUAUUGGUUGGACAACUUGAUAUGCAAUGUACCUGAGCUGGUGAUGUGUUUUCAUGUAAAUGGAAUCGUACAGAAAUAUGAAAUGAUCAAGACAGAAGAGAUUCCCAAUUUGGAAAACUCCAAUUUUUCUACUAAAGUGAUAAAAGAUAUUGCACAAAAUAUUCUGUCAUUCCUGAAAUCCAAUUGCACCAAAGAAGGGCACACCUACUGGCUGUUUAAAGCCAGCGGCAGUGACAUCGUCAAGCUCUAUGACCUCACCACCCUUUGUGAAGAGACUGAGGACAAAUACCAGAACCCCUUCACGGUGCCUGUGGCCAUUCUCCUGUACAAGGUUGCUUGCAACAUGAUGAUGAAAAAAAACCAAAAUAAGAAACACUAUGGAACGAUCAGAACAUUGCUUCUUAAUUGUCUGAAAUUACUGGACAAGGGAAGACACCCUCAAAUUAUUGCUUCGGCCAAUUACAUGCUUUCCGAGCUCUUUCAGUUGGAUGAACCUAAAAAGGAAGAGAGUUCAGGGUCUCCUUUAAAUGAGAACUCUGAUGAAAGCUACAGUGAGGAAGAGGAGGAGAUGCCAGACAGUGAUGAGAAUGGGUCCUACGGCGCGAGCUCCGACCCCCCUGACGACAAGAAAGCCGUGGCCGUGAUUAAGUCUGUGGGAGAACUGUCAGUACCUGAGAAAUACAAAUCCAUUCAUCAAAUCCGACCCAGUUGUGCAUUCCCUGUCUGCCACGACACCGAAGAGCGCUGUCGGCUUGUGCUCAGCUACGUUCUAGAGGGUCUAAAAUCUGUGGAUGGCAGCAUCAAAAAGGAAAGUGACCUUCCUGCCGCUGACCCCAACACCCCGAUUCCAUUAAAAUAUGAAGAUGAAUCAACCGGCGGUGGUCCCGAGUGUCUGGAAAAGCAGAUGGCCUUAUUUUUGGGCAAAAUGGGCUCCCUCCAGGAAGGCCACUGUGCCAGUCAGUCCGGAAUGACCCCAGGUUCUUGGCAACAUAAAAUGAAACUGCAGCUAAUCCUCAAGUCGUCCAAGGCUUACUAUGUCCUGUCGGAUGCUGCGAUGAGCCUCCGGAAGUAUGGACGGGCCCUACGCUACAUUAAGCUGGCCUUGCAGAGCCAUGAUACUUAUUGCUGCCUCUGCACCAAUAUGCUUUCUGAAGUCCUCCUGUUUCUUUCUCAGUAUUUGACUCUUUGUGGUGAUAUCCAGUUAAUGCUUGCCCAGAAUGCAAAUAACAGAGCCGCGUACCUGGAGGAGUUUAAUUAUCAGACCAAGGAGGACCAAGAAAUCCUGCACAGCCUGCACCGCGAGUCCAGCUGCCAAGGGUUUGCUUGGGCAACUGACCUGUCGACAGACUUAGAAUGCCAGCUUUCAGUUAGCUGCAAAUGCUAUGAGGCUGCUAAUGAAAUUUUGCUGUUUAGUGAUUUAAAAAGCCAAAACCCCGAGCACUACGUCCAAGUGCUGAAGAGAAUGGGGAACAUUCGGAAUGAAAUCGGCGUCUUCUACAUGAAUCAGGCUGCCGCCAUCCAGACAGAGAGAGUGGUGAGCAAAAGUGUGUCAGCAGCAGAGCAACAGUUGUGGAAGAAAAGCUUCUCUUGUUUUGAAAAGGGAAUUCACAACUUUGAGUCGAUCGAUGAUGCCACCAAUGCCGCGCUCUUACUUUGCAACACGGGCAGACUCAUGCGCAUCUGCGCCCAGGCCCACGGUGCCAUAGCCGCUGCAGCUGGCGGUGAGGACGCGAGGAGGGAGUUCUCUCCUGAAGAGGCACUGUACUAUAAUAAGGCCAUCGAUUACUACUUGAAGGCCCUUCGGUCACUAGGCACAAGAGACGUGCACCCCGCGGUGUGGGACUCGGUCAAUUGGGAGCUGUCCACCACUUACUUCACCAUGGCGACCCUCCAGCAGGACUACGCCCCGCUGUCCAGAAAGGCUCAGGAGCAGGUCGAGAAGGAAGUUAGUGAAGCCAUGAUGAAAUCUCUCAAAUACUGCGAUGUAGACAUAGCGUCAGCCCGACAGCCGCUUUGCCAGUACCGGGCCGCGACGAUCCAUCACCGGCUGGCAUCCAUGUACCACAGUUGCCUGAGGAACCAGGUGGGGGACGAGCACCUGCGGAAGCAGCACCGAGUCUUGGCUGAUCUCCACUACGGCAAGGCCGUGAAGCUCUUCCAGCUGCUCAAGGACGCUCCGUGUGAGCUGCUCCGGGUGCAGCUCGAGAGGGUGGCCUUUGCCGAGUUCCAGAUGGCAAGUCAGAACAGCAGUGCGGGCAAAUUGAAGACCUUGUCUGGUGCCCUGGACAUAAUGAUGAAAGCUGAGUGUGCGUUCCAGCUGAUCAGAAAGGAGCUCACCGAUGAGUGUGACCAGGUCAAGAGUGAGGAGAGUGGCCCGGCCCCCGACCCCUCGGCCGCAAGCCUCCACCGAGAAGAGGUCGUGAAGCUGCUCAGCAUCUUUGAGUCGCGCCUGGCCUUCCUCCUGCUGCAGUCCAUCAAGCUCCUGUCUUCGGCCAAGAAGAGAGCAAGGUCAGUGGAGGCGCGUGGGCAGAGCUUUCUCCAAGCCUGUGGCUCUUCCCUUCCUUUUAGGAAGCUGUUUUGGGCUGAGGCUGACCCCCUCCCCAAAGGGCCAGCUGGUCAGGGCGGGCGGCCAGAGAGCUUUCAUCUACCCUCACAGGGAGCAAAUUAACUUCACAUUUACCAGUGAUUUCUGUGGAAGUUGUGUUGUUUCCCAACAACCCUCUGGACCCUAGCAUUGUCUCUGAGACAGACUUUCUGACAAGCCUGAGAGCUGGAUCUAACGUAUUUACUCCCUAGGUGACAUUAAAAGAAAGGUUUUGCCAGUGCCCUUUCAUCCCCGUGUAAUGAAGAAAAUAAUUGAUGUAGUGGUUUAUGCUUUGCAGAGCCCUUGAUCAAAGUUAGCUCAUUGGAGCCUCACACUAGCUCUGUGGAGUUGGUAGGACAGAUUCAUGCCCAUUUUACAGAUGACUCUGGUGGUUAAAUGACGUGCCUUGGGUUGCACAACCAGUGGGUGUUCGAGUGGGAUUUAGACUCAGAUAUCCCCAGCUCUGGGCCCAGCACUUGUUACCUCACAGUCCCGGCUGUUCUCUGUGUCCAGGCUGACAUGGACACCGUCCAGUUGUUUGUGAGCUCUAGAGACAGCCUCCGUGUGGUGUUGGCCUGGGGCGGGUGAGCCUGAGCGCGGCUGGGUCCCUCCAGCUCUUGGUGCUUGCAGAGUCUAAAGGUGGUGGCGGCGGCGGUGAAUAGCGUGUGUAAGGACGUGCAGCUGGCAGAGAUCCCACUGCUCCUCUGGCCAGCCAGGUGCCCACGAGGGGCUCAGCUCAUUGUCUUUUUUCGUUUCCACAAGAUGGCGCCAGUCUCCAUUGUGAUGUUUGGCUAAAGUUCAGGUCUCCCAUCCCAUUUCUUGUUUUCUCAGGGAUUUUCCUUGGGGGAGGGUGGGCUUUUUUUUGAGGUUGCUGAAAGUCUGUUUCAGUUCUCUGCCGGACACAGAAAUUCUGGUUUAGCUCAUUUGUGCUGAUUUUGUCCAAGGUUUGCUAAGUAAGCUCAGACUGUUCAUAGGAUCCUUUUCUUUGGACAAUGAGUGCAUCUACGUGUUAUUUCAGGAGUUUGAAUAUUGCAGGGAGAAGCUUGGUUGCUCACCAACAUUUUUCUUCAUUAACAUUCAAGUGAACACUAGCAAUAAUUCUGGUCCUUCGGGAGGGACAAGUGUCCCUCGUGAGCCUCUGGAUGGGUUAG